CGCCACUCCGCGCAUUGCUCGCCGGGAGGCCCACGAGGACGGAGCCUUGCCGUCGUCACGCGUCUCGUCCCGCCUCGCUCGCGCGCUGCGUGCGAGUGCGCUCGCGUCGCGUUGUGCCCAGUGUGUCUGUGAACAACCAACUUCACCGCACGAGGAAAUCAGAAGCGAGUGGGUGAUUGUUGUUGUUGUUGUUGCUUUGUUCUGGCGUUGAUGUUGGUGUUUGUUAUCAAGUGUGUUCAUUGACGACGACGUCAUUCCAGCGCCCUUUAGUGCAAAUCUCUUCUAGUUUGUGACUCAAACUAGCAUUACGUGUGAGUGAGUGUGUUUGUGAGUGUGUCGGCGCAAGCGCUCAGGAUACCAAACAGCGCUGCCGAGAACACCACCGACAUCAUCAUCGUCCCCGGCACCACUGCCGCCACCGCCACACCACCCUUUCCUGCCCGCCGAAGGAUUUUUUUUUCGGAGCCAUGCAACAGUUCCCUCGGAGCGCCUCAGGCUAGAGCCCGGCCCGGCCAGCCGGCUCAGGGUGCCAGCCGCGCCAGGCAGCCGCGCGUGUCCCGCCACAGGUACUGGAAAGUACUGGGACUCCAACGGGUGGACACGGUGAACUCUCUUUGGACUAGUUUGGGCGUUGAGCCCGCUCCGCCGUCAAGCUGGCCGCCAGCGCCACCCUGCCCGCGAUGAACCCCCACGGGCCCCACGGCGGGCACGUCGGAGGUCCCCACGGGGGUCACGGCCACGGCGCGCACGCCCCGCACCACUACCAGCCGUACCCGGACCUGUCGAGCCCCAGCCCCGUGCCGCACUCGCCCGCCCCCGACACCUCGCCGUUCAACGGCCACCCGGGGUCGGGUGGCGGCGGCGGGGGCGGUGGGGGCGGCGGGGGUGGAGGUGGCGGCGGGGGCAACCAGGGGGGCGGCGGCCACCAGCACCACAUCGACGGCCACCACGGCGGCCACAUGGGGCCGGGCCACCACCACAACCACCAUCACCACCACCACCACCUCAACAACAAUAACAAUAGUACUGCCAACAACAACAAGAACAGCAGCAGUGGACAUGCGUGUGCGGGGUGCGGGGGCAAGAUCCUGGAGCGGUACCUGCUGCACGCGCUGGACCGGUACUGGCACCACAGUUGCCUCAAGUGCAGCUGCUGUGGGGGCCAGCUCGCGGACCUAGGUGCCUCCUGCUUUACCAAGGCCAAUAUGAUCCUCUGCAAAGCGGACUACGCCAGGUUAUUCGGCAACACGGGCGCGUGCUCGGCGUGCGGCCAGACCAUCCCGCCCAGCGAGUUCGUGAUGCGGGUGGGCGGCGGCGGGCCCAUGGGCGGCCCCGGCGCGCCCAACGCCCCCAACGCGCCCUCGCCGCUGCACGUCUUCCACCUCAAGUGCUUCUCGUGCUCCAAGUGCGGGUCGCAGCUCGUGCCCGGCGACCGCUACCACCUGCUGGGCGGCGCCCUGGUCUGCGAGCAGGACUGGCACAAGCUCAUGAAGGGCGGCGCGGCGCCCGGCGUGCCCGCGGGGCCCGGCGCCGCCACCGGCGUGCGCAAGGGCAAGGUGGGCCGGCCGCGGAGGAGCCGCGACUGAGACGACUCGGCGCCCCCCUUGCUGACCUCGGCCGGUCCGGGCCGAGGUAGGGGGCGCCGGCGGGCCACGCAGGCGAUGGGAGUGGGCCUCAGCCUCCCCUGCCCUGGCCAGCUCCACCAGCAGCAGCAACCGCCCUCCCCGGGCCUGGCGCCGGGCCUCGGCCCCGGUGGCCUCGGCCCGGGCGGCCUCCUUCCGCAGGGCCUCCUCAUGACCGCCGGCCACCUUUCGUCCAGCCAGAUGGCCUCACUACCCGGCGGGCCCGGGCAAGGGCAGGGCCUCGGACAAGGCCUCGGACAGGGCCUCGGACACGGGUCGCUGGGCGGGCCGCUUGGACCUCUAGGCCUCGUCGAGGACACUAGCCCUGGGCCGAGCCCAGUGCCGGGGGGCCUCUACCUCUCGCCAUGCCCGCCCUAGUGUGUGCGUGUGUGCAGUUAUUGCUCAAUCGGUACCUGUGAGUGCAGCAAUGUGAGAAAGCAUUCCACUUUGGGGACUCGUUCUUCGCGGACGAGCGCGCCGUCGUUCAGUGUUUGUAUGCGUGAGUGAGAGAAUGUGUGUGUGUCUGCGUGAGAAGGUGAACUCGGGUGGUGUGCGUCACUGGCUCUGAUCUCUAAGACCGGACACUCCGCGCAGAGUCGGGGUUUCGAACCUGAGCCCCCCUGCGAAGCGGUGACGCAGGCUAGCCGGGGCCACCACCCCUGCCACGCGUAUCAGCGGUUGACACGGAACGAACUGCUAUGGUUACUUUUAAUAAUUUAUCCAUGACAUCGUCAUUGGCAAACUUGUGAUAUCCGGUGGAAAGCACGCACUUCAUUGAGUGAAAGUGGCUGCCGAGCCGUCUCGGGGCGCUGUGCUUUCCGUUGGCUGGAGGGUCCCACCCGGUGUGACGGGUGGACCAGGAAGGUCUCAAAAAGUGUUUGUUGUUAUAUGUGUUGCUAGCUUAUUGUUGUCGUCUGUCCAUCUCCCCCUCACUCGCCCCCUCCCCUACACCAGUCCUUGUUUCCUUCCUUCCCCCUCCCUAUCAACCGAGCGAGGAGGAUGCAACUGUAAGGGACUGACGUGUUCCUCACUGUAGCCGUUAAAGUGAGCCCAAAAUUAGUCCGUCUUUGCAAAGAAAUCAUGAUUUCUUUCGGAUUGCGUAAAUUGUCAACAGUCAGAAAGCAAUAAUAUUUUCAUAAAACCAUUCUCGAAGUUUGUGGAAAUCUUCACAUUUCCUGGACUUGUCGAGCUGCACCUCCUCGCAUCUCAUUUCUCUUCGUCAUAUUCCGCGCAAAAUUUUAAAUGACCAUAUAGAUUAACAUACGUUCAUGUACCUUGUUGUAGCGUAAGUUUAUGUGUAGCGCAUAUUUUUGGAUUCUCAUGUUAAAACUUUCCCAUCUUUUUUGUUGUUGAUGUAAACCUAUCUUUUUGCCCGCGCGGCAUAUGACACUUAAUGAUACAUACAUUUUGUUUUUAAUUAUGAAAAAAAUAGCAGGAACCUUUCUUAGCCCUUUUUCACUGAUACUAUGGAUUUCCCUUUGUCAAUCAUCACCUCCAUUGCAUUUUUUGGCAUAACAAAUUAAGUAUUGAAAUUUGAAAACUGUGGAGGUAUCAUUUUUGUUAAUGGGGUGCAACGGAUCUUUUGUUCUGACCUUUCGCGUCCUUGUCCAUUUUGACCAUUUGUGACCUUGUGUGAUCAUAGCCACUUGAUGUUGGCCUUUGUGUUUUGGGACUCCAAUCCCCAACACCUGUUAGUUGUAUGUAAGUCUUAAGUUUUUUGUUUUUGUAAAAUUGUUGAAACUGUCACCCAAUGUUGUUUUAUUAUAAUAAUAAUAAAAUUAUCUUGUACAAAAGAUGAAUAAUUUCAAA